GUGUUCCGCUGUGAGCGCUUUAUUUACCGGAGGGCAGACGACCGGGGGGUGUCAAGUUCUCUCGCUAUUCAUGGGGCCAGACGAGCCUAUGACGAAACUGAACAUGAAUAAAUAAAUAAACAUGCCGUACCGGUAAAUAACCUUUAAAGACUUCUGACGCUAAAACCAUGUGGAGAGUUCAAGGUUUUGUUGGAAGAGUUUUGCAUCGGUGCCAUGGCAGCAACUCCUUGCGCCUCCCGCAGAGCCCGGGGCAGCCUGCUGGACUUGGGGAGGCGGAGAUCAUCAACGGCUCUGGAGUCCUCUCAUCCCCUCAGCACCCUUCUGACGGCAGCUCUCAAAAAGAGGAGGGUGGAGAGCGGAGGAAGGAACAGAGGAGCUUUCGUCUCGGCUUUGCUGAGGUUCCACGUUACACAGCCCUGGAUGCUGUGGGAUGGGGCGCUGCAGCAGUUCUGUUCAUGCAGAUCUGCAGGAGGAUCCACUCUCAGUUCUCCUCGACCUCUGAGCCGAGUCCGAACCCCGGAGCCCUAACGGCCCCCUCCACCCUGCACAAGUGUGGCUACCGCAUUCUGCUGGAGAACUUGUCCAGACGAGAUGUCGUUCCCGGAGGAAGAAGGGUGUUGUGUCUGCAGGAGGGACCAGAGAUGCAGAACCAAGAUCCGGUUCAGAGCCGCAGCAGCAGUUCGGGGGAUUCCAGUCUUCAGGCCGCCAGGGAGCCUCCCAGUGAUCAUCCUCUCCCCGAGGGAUUGUUUUUGUCAGAGUCCUGUCCUCUGCAGAAUGAUGCCGACCAAGACGGCAAAGAGACAGCAGAUGCCAAUGACAAGGACAUGCUGUCUGAUGAGCAGAAGCUGGCAGGAGCUGCACUGAAUCUCCGGCAUGUGGGAGAUGGCAGCAUUCCCGUUAUCCUCAACAUCAUUGGUCUAGAAAGUACCAACAGUGAAAACUACAAGGAGGCUUUUACAUGUUUUUUAGCUGCAGCUCAGCAGGGUUACAGCAAGGCCCAGUUCAACACGGGCGUGUGCUACGAGAAAGGCAGAGGAGUCGUUCAGGACAGGGACAAGGCUCUGUAUUACUAUUGGCAGGCAGCAGUGGGGGGUCACCACCAGGCCCAGUACCGCUAUGCGAAGCUGCUUCUGACCAGCAAGGCUCACCAGAGUAAAGAGGAGCUGAACACGGCCAUCCACCUGCUAGAACAGGCUGCUGCAGCCGGACUGAGUGAGGCUCAGGUGUGCCUGGCCUCGGUCUACACCCGCCAGUCAGUGAGGGACGGGAGCAGAUCCGUCCAUUACCUAGAGAUGGCAGCAGAGAGCGGAGACGACACCGCCCUGCUGUUUUUGGGUCAAUGUUUUGAGAGCGGCUUCGGGGUGCAGCAGAAUCUGAGGACCGCUGUUGAAUACUACAAGCGAGCCGCUCGCGCAGGCAACAAGCAGGCCAAGAGCUUACUGACGCCUCUGAGCGAUGCGCUCAACAAGGCAGAAGAGUCAGUGCUGCGCUGCAUCCGCUCUGCUCCGUGUUUCCCUGCAGCCGACCGGCGGCUGAAGCGGCCGCUCUCCUCUACGGCCCUCCGCGUCCCCCCCGCCUCCAGUCGCCCUGUCGCCCUUCCACUGCUGUCUCAUUCCUGGAGCACCGGGAGCCUGUGUGUGUCCCCGUCACUGUCCUCCUCGCCGCUUCACCUGCAUCCACGAAGCACUGCGGGAGCGGCCUGCCAGUGGACUGUGGGCAUCGGAUAGUUCUCAUGAGUUUGUACAAUCUAGCUGAGGAAUGUAUUUUGUAAAUGUGAAUGUAUAUUCACCAGAGGAGAAAGGUCAAGGUGUGUUAGUUGUGUACAUAUUGUGACGUCUGGAUUACAGUGAAUCUAUUUUAUACUUUAUUUGUUUAUCGAUAUUCAGUUUGAGAUGUUCUAUAAGGCUGAAUGACCUGUUGGAUAUACGGUUUUAUAAUAUUGUGUGCAGAAUUGAAAUAUAGAAGAUAUUUUUAUUUGUUUUUAUGCAUUAUUGUUUUUUGCCAUUUUAAGUUCUGUGGGUAAGAAAUGUGAUCUAAUGUGCCUUGUAAUGGUUUCAUGUGGUAUCAAUCAUAUAAAAGCAAGUUAUAUAAUUGUGACAUGCUCUGAAACCGAUAAAGUGCUUUAAAGUAGAAUGUUCAGUAUGACUGUUUACGUUCUCUUUGUGGAAGAGCAAGACAACAAAUGUGUUUGGUUGGUUCAAACGUUAAAUUUAAAACUAUUGCACUGUGAGGAAGAUCAUGUACUGAUUAUAAAAGGGAAAAAAACACAUUAAAAAUGAAUCCUUUAAAAGCA